GGGCCCCCCCCACCCCAGCGCCCCAUGGAGCACCAGGAGCCGUACUCCGCGCAGGCCACGGCCGCCAUCGCGGCGGUCACCACCUGCCUCAUCCUCUUCACCCUGCUGGGCAACGCGCUGGUCAUCCUGGCCGUGCUCACCAGCCGCGCCCUGCGCGCCCCGCAGAACCUGUUCCUGGUGUCGCUGGCCGCGGCCGACAUCCUGGUGGCCGCGCUCAUCAUCCCCUUCUCGCUGGCCAACGAGCUGCUGGGCUACUGGUACUUCCGGCGCGCGUGGUGCGAGGUGUACCUGGCGCUCGACGUGCUCUUCUGCACCGCGUCCAUCGUGCACCUGUGCGCCAUCAGCCUGGACCGCUACUGGGCCGUGAGCCGCGCGCCCGAGUACAACUCCAAGCGCACCCCGCGCCGCAUCAAGCGCAUCAUCCUCACCGUGUGGCUCAUCGCCGCCCUCAUCUCGCUGCCGCCCCUCGUCUACAAGGGGGAGCAGGGCCCCCCGCCCCGCGGGCGCCCCCAGUGCCAGCUCAACCAGGAGGCCUGGUACAUCCUCGCCUCCAGCUUCGGGUCCUUCUUCGCGCCCUGCCUCAUCAUGAUCCUCGUCUACCUGCGCAUCUACCUGAUCGCCAAACGCAGCAGCCGCCGCCGCGGCCCCGGGGCCAAGAGGGGCCCGGAGGAGGACGGCGGGCCCCGGAGGCCGGCCGCCGCCGCCGAGGGGCCAACCCGGGCCUCGCCUCCGUCUUCCACCGCGGAGGCCGACGGACACCCCGGCCCCCCCGGGGAGAAGGAGGAAGGGGACACCCCAGAAGAUCCUGGGGCUAAGGCCUCGCCCCCCGGCUGGGCUGCCCUUCCCACCUCAGGCCAGGGUCAGAAGAAGAGCGUCUGCGGGGCCUCUGUGGAGGAGGAGGAAGAGGAGGAGGAGGAGGAGGAGGAGGAGGAGGAGGAGGAGGAGGAGGAGCAGCGUGACCCCCCGGCAGUGCCAGUGCCCCCCGCCUCGGGGAAGCCGCAGGGCUCCCAGGUGCUGGCCACCCUUCGGGGGCCCGUGCUCCUGGGCCGGGGUGUGAGCGCCCUGAGCCGGCAGUGGUGGCGCCGCCGGACCCAGCUGAGCCGGGAGAGGCGCUUCACCUUCGUGCUGGCCGUGGUCAUCGGCGUGUUCGUGCUCUGCUGGUUCCCGUUCUUCUUCACCUACAGCCUGGGCGCCAUCUGCCCGCGGCACUGCAAGGUGCCCCACGGGCUCUUCCAGUUCUUCUUCUGGAUCGGCUACUGCAACAGCUCGCUCAACCCCGUCAUCUACACCGUCUUCAACCAGGACUUCCGCCGGGCCUUCCGGAGGAUCCUCUGCCGCCAGUGGACCCACACGUCCUGGUGAGCCUGCCUGCCGCGGCCGGCGUGGAGGCGGGGCCGGGGGCGCCGUGCCCCUCGCUGUGCCCCGCGAGGCGUCUCCCCGGGGCC